AGCCAUAGAGAUUCAUUUCUCUUGGGUCUCUUCUGGUCACACUUCCAAGUUCCAACUGCUUCUUCAGGGUAUCCCGGAAGAUAAAACCCUCCGAUUAUCUCUCCGAUCAAAAUAUUAAUUCUUUCUGUGUUCGAAUCUGAAUCUUCGAAAUGGCUGAAGGAUCAAAGGAACCGACAACAAGUUCUGUUAGUCAACAUGAUAUUAUUGUUGAGGAUACCGAAGACAGCGUCAAAUCUCCCCCAAAUUCUCCCAAUUCUUCCACUCGGAAGGCUUGUUAUGCUGUUCUGCAAAGUUGGGUUUCAAAGAAAUUCAUGACUGGAUGUGUUGUUCUCUUUCCUGUGGCCGUUACAUUCUUUAUCACAUGGUGGAUUGUACAGUUUUUUGAUGGUUUCUUCAGUCCUAUCUAUGAAAGACUUGGUGUCGAAAUAUUUGGUCUUGGAUUCCUUACGUCAUUAAUCUUCAUAUUCUUUGUUGGCAUUUUUGCUUCAUCAUGGAUGGGUGCUACUGUCUUCUGGGUAGGGGAGUGGUUUAUAAAGCGAAUGCCCUUUGUAAAACACAUAUACUCUGCAUCGAAACAGAUUAGCGCUGCUAUUUCUCCAGAUCAGAACACCACUGCGUUUAAGGAGGUUGCCAUCAUCCGCCAUCCUCGUCUGGGGGAAUAUGCUUUUGGUUUCAUUACGUCAUCAGUUGUUCUUCAGAGAGAAAAUGGAGAUGAAGAGUUAUGUAGUGUUUAUGUCCCUACAAACCAUCUCUACAUCGGUGAUGUAUUUCUGGUCAACUCUGAAGAGAUCAUAAGGCCAAAUUUGUCUAUACGAGAAGGCAUUGAGAUUAUUGUUUCGGUGGGUAUGUCGAUGCCGCAAUCAAUAUCUCCUAUAGAGAGGGUUUCACGUGCAAACGAAAGGGUUCCGCUCAACAGAAUAAUGUAGAAGCUGAAGCCGGUGGCGUCUUCUAUGAAUCCAUAUUUUCUGCAGGUUCUUUUGUAAUGAAAGGUUUGUAUUCUUGUAUUCGUUUUGGAAAUUCAUACGUGUGUGUUUAGUUGGAGCAGUGUAUUUAGUAGCGGCCACAAUACUUUGUUUUUCCUUCUGUAAAAAGUUGAAAAAUCCAAAAUUUAUGUUGUCUGCUUGUAUUACAUUACAUCUCUACAACCCCAAGAUAUGCCUUUGGUUUA